AAGCAGCCAAUUUAGAUGAUUGUGUAUGCACCUUGUUUUCAACGCCCAGGACCCAGAAUUCCCGCCUUUAUAACAAUCACUCCAGACUUUAACCAUCUUCUCCUGUUUCUUCUCCUUUGCUUCACCUGAAAACAUGUCUUCGUCAUCUUCUUCUUCCUCUUCUUUACAUGAAAUCAUUCUCACCAGCUCGCCAGAAGGCCCUAUCUCAGCCUAUAACCCCUCCUCAGGUGCCACUCUUGCUCAUUUUUCCGGCAGCCGGUCCCCCCGGCAAGGCCUUGCCUUCGCCGGAAAGACCUUCAUUGUUGCCUCUCAUAUCUCCCCAACAACGGCUUCAGGAUCAAUUCACUUAUACAAUUGGUGGUCUUCAACUCCCUUGCAUAAUCUCCCUCUUCCUGAACCUGUUGCUCCUGUAAUAUCCACUCCUGAUGGCUUGUACUUGUUCACCGGUGGCGUUUCAGGCUCCAUCUAUGUCAUUUCUCUCCCUUCAGGAGACAUUCUUAGAUCAUUUUCUGCCCAUAAGAAACCUGUAACUUGCCUGGAAAGCAGCAUCGAUGGAUCCCUUUUGAUCUCUGGUGGCGACGACGGAAGAAUCAUCACAGUACCAAUCUUCCAACUUGUCGAUCACCACACCUCAGGUGAUAACAAUCCAAAUGACUUGAUGUUGCAGAAAUUUAUAGCGCAUAAUGGUUCAGUCACAGCCAUUGUUUCUUGUAUGGGAUCAUUCAAAUCUCUGAUGGUUUCAUCUUCAACAGACUGCACAUGCAAGCUAUGGAGACUGGAUGGAACCCAUUUGCACAAUUUGACGUUUCCUUGUGCAAUCAUGGGGGUGACACUAGAUCCAACAGAGACAGAAUUCUACGCCGCGGGAUCUGAUGGUUUGAUUUACAGAGGAUCGCUCAAGUUCGAAAGCAAAAAACAUAUAAUCCAGGACAAUGAAUUGGCGACAUUGGUGCAAAAACACGAAGGGAUGGUGGUAUCAGUCGCAAUGGUGAACGAAGGAAAGAAUCUGGUAUCAGCUUCGGAAGAUGGAAGUGUUUAUAUAUGGGAAGUCGAGUCAGGAGAAGUCAUAUUUGUGCUAGGAAAUGAAAUGGGGAGCAUCAGUGAGAUGUUGGUGGCUUCUGGAAUUGGUGAGAGUAAAGGGUGUGGAAUUGAAGGUGGGAAAGGUAGAAAUAAUGAAAAAGGGGGUGGGGUUUUUGAGGUUUAUGGUGAAGAGUUGUUGAGAAGAUCAAUGAAGGAAAGUGUGGAUUUGGAAGAAGUGUUGAGGGUGGCUGCUAAGAACAGAAGCAAAGCCAUUGACAUGCUUGAGUCUGCAAUUGCAAUGUAUGAAAAGCUAUUGGAACUCAUUCUCAAAGAAGCCAUGAGAGGCUCCACCAUCACUAAUCUCAAAAACAAAGAUGAAAUUUAAACAUCUUAAAAGAAAAUGAAUGAAAUGAACCAUUGAUAGUUCAUAUAUCAUUUUUUCUAUGUUUCUCA